ACAGAGAAUCCAAUCCCUGCGCAAUGGCCCCCACGAAACAGGAGCUCUCGCUCCUCAUCAACCCGCUCGUCCCGGAGUCCGUCCAGCAUAAUAAUCGCGUACGUGCUUCCACCUCAUGUGCUCCAGUGCAGUGCAGUCCAUCUGCCCUGCCUUCAUUCUUAUCCCCAGAAUCCGACUAACCCAACCCCCGCGGGGAGCCAAAUAGGUCCUCUCAACCCUCCACUCCCUCACGUCCUUCCUCCUGGGCCUCACAGCCGGCAUCCUGGCCCUGCAGUCCGCAACCGGCUUCAUCUUCUACCUGCUCG